AUGCCCCUCAUAGUCUCACGCGCAAAUCUAACCCAAGACUGGGACGAGCUAAUAACCAGCUACUGGACCUCGUGGAGCUCUCCCCUCCAAGCCGUUGGGGAAUUAACGUUCGCCCACCUUGGGGAAGGCAACGAGGCUGAAGCGACAGCCCUUGCGGAUGUGAAAAAGUCCUUACGUCAAGCGGCUGAAUCCGACCCGAACAUCAUCUGGUUGAAAUGCUACGAUACUGAAUCCGGACGGAUUGUCGCCGGAGGAAUGUACCACAUUCAUCACAGUAAUCCGUACCGCGCGGGUGCACCCAAGGUUGAGGCGAAGUGGUUUCCGGAGGGGAGUGAGAUGAGGUUAUUGGCUGAGGAGUUUUAUGCCCAGUUGUGGGCGUGGAGGGGGAGGUUGAUGGGGGAUAGACAUGUUUGUGGGAAUGCGCUCUGGGCACUGCCCGAGUAUCGCUCGCGGGGCGCGACGGAGCUUAUUAUGGACGAGUUCGUCCGCCAUAUGGAUGCACUGGGCAUGGAAGGGUAUCUCGAGGCUACGGAGAUGGGGUUUGCACUGUAUCAACGGUAUGGAUUUGUGGCUAUCGCGCGACCACGAAUGAGGUUCUCGGAGCACAAGGAACGGAGUACGCAAGGGAGGAGAUUAAUACACGAGGUUCAGGCGCAUCCCGUCUGGAUUAUGUGGAGGCCGGCAGGGGGCGAAUACAGGGAUGGAGAGACGGUGCUCCCAUGGGAAGGAAGGCCAAAACGCAUCAAGUUGUAG